GAGAGGGCGGUGUCACAGCCAAGGUGGCCCGGGCUUCUUCCUCACGGGUGCUUAAGCCCUGAUCGUCCGCCUCGUCCCGCGGCUCUGACGCUGAGUAGCUGCCGACGUCGCCGAGGACGGUCUGGCUUUCUGUGCCUUCCGCGGCAGGAUUACUGGUUAAAGGUGCUUGCUGAAAAGCAUGAACUGACUCAUGAAAGUUGUCCUCCACUUCCACACCAACAUGGAACAUGCUCACUCAUGCACCCUCCCUAUAGGGUCAGUGUUGAGAUUAAAACAUACGACAAUGAAGAAAGAGACAGAAUUUGGGGUUUUCAUCUGAAGAAAAUGACAGACAACAACCAAACCUGUGCUGCAGGACAGGCCUCCGUGCCCUACAUGACUUGUUUGAUUCACGUGCUUGAACAGUGGCUGGGUGUGGAACAAUUGGAGGACUAUUUGAAUUUUGCAAGCCAUCUCUUGUGGGUUUUUACCCCACUGAUACUUUUAAUACUUCCUUACUUUACCAUCUUUCUUCUCUACCUUACCGUGGUUUUCCUGCACAUCUAUAAGAGGAAGAAUGUGUUAAAGGAAGCCUACUCUCAUAAUUUAUGGGAUGGCGCAAGGAAAACAGUGGCCACUCUGUGGGAUGGACACGCAGCGGUUUGGCAUGGUUACGAAGUUCACGGGAUGGAAAAGAUACCGGAAGGACCAGCGCUUAUCAUUUUUUACCAUGGAGCAAUUCCCAUAGACUUUUACUACUUCAUGGCUAAGAUUUUCAUCCACAAGGGCAGAACGUGCCGAGUAGUAGCUGACCACUUUGUCUUUAAAAUCCCAGGGUUCAGUUUAUUACUAGACGUAUUUUGUGCUCUUCAUGGGCCAAGAGAAAAAUGUGUUGAAAUCCUGAGGAGUGGCCACUUGCUGGCCAUUUCACCAGGAGGAGUCCGAGAAGCCUUGCUGAGUGAUGAAACCUACAGCAUCAUCUGGGGUAACCGGAAAGGCUUUGCACAGGUCGCCAUUGAUGCGCAAGUGCCCAUUAUUCCUAUGUUUACACAAAAUAUUCGAGAAGGAUUUAGAUCACUUGGAGGAACAAGAUUAUUUAAGUGGCUUUAUGAAAAAUUCCGCUAUCCAUUUGCUCCAAUGUAUGGAGGUUUUCCUGUAAAGUUACGGACCUUCUUAGGUGAUCCCAUUCCAUAUGACCCAAAGAUAACAGCCGAAGAAUUAGCUGAAAAGACCAAGAAUGCCCUUCAGGCUUUGAUUGAUAAGCACCAAAGGAUACCGGGCAACAUCAGGAGUGCUCUGCUGGACCGCUUUCACAGUGAGCAGAAGGCCGAUUGAGAGACAGUGUAAUGAAUCUCUAGUGACGAGCUCACAGCUGCAGUACUGUCUUAAAUUUUUGUAGGUUGUAUAAUAGUGUUUUUAAAGCAUCAUGUUAAUAAGUAUCUUUCUUAGAACUUGUUUAUUUAAAUUUAUAUUGUUAUCCUUGUCCUUUCAAUCAGUUAUGUCAAAUUUAUAAGUAACUCAUCACUUGCCUGACUAUAAAGUGAUCAUGUUGCAUUUGCAAUCUUUAGUCGUAUAUGAUAAGCAUAGAGUCUUAGCAUUAAGUCUUUCUUGAUAAUUAUGUCUGCUGUGCCGAUCUGAUCAUAAGGUGCGCAUGCAUUAGGUGUAUUACUGGCUGAAUUUAGGUGGGAGGUGCCUGUGUCUGUCUGUCUUCAUUCCAUUCACAACUGCGGGUAAGUUGUGGAAUGCUUUCGUACCUCAGGGGCGGUGUAAGCAUGAUAAUAUUGUGGUGAUGAACAUGACUUUGACUUGCUUAUGUCUACUGUGCUAUCUGUGGUGUGAGAGAUAGAACUGAACUGAAUCCUCAAGGAGUUAGGUACAUUUGUUUUUGUCCAUUGGGUGUAACAAUUCCUUCAGGUAUGAUGUCCAGUUGCCAAGCACAUUGAAAGAGCUGCACUGUUUUAUAAAUCAAGACAUUGUUAUUUGUAGUAUUUAUUUACUGAACUCUUUAGUAUUUAUUUAAACAAGUAUCUAAGUAAACAUAUAGUCUAAGAUGUCAGCAUGGUGUUUUAUGGGGUAAGGAUAGAAUCACGGUCACAUUCCGAAGUUCACGUUAGAAGCUGAUUCUAGGCUGACGAAUAAGGAACAGGAAAGCACUGAUUUUGCUUAAUAUUCUGGUUUGUUUUGCUGUGCUCUGCAGCCAGUCAUGUGGCUAACUAUUUCACUAAAAUGUACUUGAGUGAUGAAUUUCUGUAAACAAGGAGCUCUCUGAAAAUGUAAUGGCAUUUGAUUUGUUGUCUCCCUAAAAACUGAUUUUAAAAGUAUUUAAACAGCAAAGUAUCAUAAAUCCUCUGCAGUAUGUCUCUUUCCAUCUUUGUAGUACUUGGGUUUUAUAUGAACUUUUUAAUCACAAGUGUAUAUUUAUGAUAUAUAUAUAAAUAUAUAAAAUGUAUAUAGAAAUGAUGUAAAAAAUAAAGGUGAAUUGCAAAUCA